AUGUUUAGAAGAGACUUGAGGCCGGAAUCUUGGUUCUUCAGCUUUCUGGUUGGUAGUCUGUCUAGGAGUCUGUUAGCCUUUGCAGCCGUUGCCAGGAACCAAACUUUUACUGAUUUUGCUCCUGUCACGAUUGAGACCUUAAGACACAUGUAUGAAUAUGUGGCCACCCCUUUGGACUGGUGGCAUGCAGAGAGAUACUGUGAGCAGCGCUUUGCUCAGCUGCUUUUUGAACCCAGAGACAGUGAGCAAGCUUCCUUUAGCAAACUGCUGCAGUCCCAUCACAUCAAGAAUUCUGUCUGGUUAAAUGAUAUGAAUGGUGUCUCACCCAAACCGAAAUGGAGACAGGACCACGUUGUACCAGUCCUGGUGUUUGGAGACAAAACAGACACAAAAUAUGUGAAGGUGCUUUCUGACUUCCCAGCGCUGCCUGCUGUCACAGCCUGCGCCCACCUCCAGUGGGACACCAGGACCGAGGAGAUUGCUACCAUCUUUUCAUAUGCUGUGCCAGCUUUUAUUAAUGAGUUCCAGCUCCGUGGCUUUGUCGACGAGGAAGGCUUUGUUCGAUUUGCUCUCAUUGUCCAUGGGCACCAUUCCCCAUAUCUGCCCGUGUUCCGUGCUGAUGGGCACUGGCAUCACUUCUGUGUAACCUGGCAGCAGGAAAAUGGGACCUGGGCCAUUUAUGCUGAUGGUAAAAGGAGGGCAUCUGCCAGUGGUUUGUGUGCUGUGGGGCUGUCUGCCCCCCAAGCCAUCUAUGGCCAAGGGACUUUCAUAAUAGGGCAGGAUCAAGAUUCCCUGGGGGGCACCUUCAGGGAGAAAGAGUCUUUCAGUGGGAACAUCACUGACUUGCACAUCUGGCAAAAAGUCCUCAGCAUGGAGCAGAUUGAGAGAGUUCGGUCAUGCCUUGUGGUAGAACAAGACCUUGUUUUUGGGUGGAGCUCAAACGCUCUGGAGAUUGAAAGCACCGUUCAGGAAGUGACUGCACAGUUUCUUUGCCCAGGGCCUGUUGAGGAAUGCCGAGUUUUUGAAGUUGGCAGCAGUGGAUUCAGUUACAUGUCUUGUUUGCAGUCCUUGCCUUUUAUCUGUUGCUACAGAAAGGAUUCCUAUUUGCAGCUGAAAAAAAUUCAGCUGGAAUCCAGCCAUUCACUUGUCUCCCAUGUGAACAUGCUUGCAGAUAGGACUGUGAUUCCUGAGAACAUAUUCACAGGUGAUGUCCCAGACAUGAACCUCUCUGUUGCCCUUGAUGCCCUUGAUGUCCUGGCAUCUGUCCUGAGGGAAGGAGAGACACCCGUGGAGUCAUCUGACCUCCUUGGAGUGCUUCAGUUACUAAAGCAAGUUUCUGAUGCGGAAGUCCAGGAUGGAAAAGAGUCAGAGAUGUUGGAGCAGUUGGGCCGAUACUAUGUGGAAGUGACUGGAUUAAUCCUGGAAGAGCACAAUAUUGAAACAUGGUUAUCAGUCAGCCAGGUUAUCAGAGGGCCUAUGGCUGUUGUAGAGAUCUCUGACAGAGUGGUGUCAAACUUGGCCCUGCUGCUGACUGCAGGAAGGACAAAGAUUACAAUCCAGCAUGGAAACGUGGGAAUGGAGGUCAGAAAGCUGGAGCUGAGCAAGCAGGAGCUGAGCAGUGAUGUGUACCUGAUCCACAGCCCUGAGAGAGACGGACAUGACCUUAUUGAAGUUCCCACAGAAGAAAUACAAAGACUGAAAGCUAAAGGUCUCAACAGAGUCAUUGUGAAAAGCAUGUGGUUUGGCUAUGGCUCCCUCCAGCGCUGCCUGUCUGGCACUGGCAGCAAUGCCGUCUUCCAGGAUGUAGCUGCCUCUGAUGGAGGACGGAAGUACCUGAGCAGCACAGUGGGCACUGCUGUCAUUUCAUCCGCUCUGCUGAGCGACUACGAGGAGAUUAGCACAUCUGUACACUACCACCUGCAACACCACACGAAGGACCUGCCUGAUAAGCUGGUGGGGCCCAUCUGUGCCUUCUGGAACUUCAGCCUCAGCCCAGAUGCUGGUGGGAUGUGGUCCACAGCUGGCUGCUCAGUGGUGACGUCUCUCCCAGAUUCCACAGCUUGUUUUUGCAACCACACCACAAACUUUGCAGUGCUGCUGCAGGUGUAUGAGGUACAGAGGACUGUCAAGGAGGAGCUCAUGCUGCAGAUCUUGACUUUUAUUGGAUGUGGAGUUUCUUUCUGUGCCUUGAUUGUUACCUUCGUUUUAUUCUUGGUUGUUGGUGUUCCCAAGAGUGAACGAACAACUGUGCAUAAGAACUUGAUCUUUGCAUUAGCAGCAGCAGAAGCACUGCUCAUGUUCAGUGAGUUGGCCAAGACCAAUCAGGUGGUGUGUUUCAUUGUUACUGCCUUCCUCCAUCUCUUCUUCAUGGCAGCCUUUUCAUGGAUGCUGGUAGAGGGGCUUCUUCUGUGGAGCAAAGUGGUGGCAGUCAAUAUGAGUGAAGACAAGAGAAUGAAGUUCUACUAUGUGACAGGCUGGGGCCUCCCAGUUGUUAUUGUGGGUGUGACCCUUACAACUUCCUUUAACAAGUAUGUGGCAGACAACCACUGCUGGCUGAAUGUUCAGACUGAUGUCAUCUGGGCCUUUGUGGGGCCUGUCCUCUUCAUCCUGGCAGUAAAUACGUUUGUGCUUUUCCGGGUGGUGAUGGUGACUGUGUCCAGUGCUCGCAGGAGGUCAAAGAUGCUGACACCCAGUAGCAGCCUGGAGAGGCAGAUUGGAAUGCAAAUAUGGGCCACAGCCAAACCCAUCUUGGUGCUGCUGCCUGUGCUGGGGCUGACAUGGGUAUGUGGAGUCCUUGUCCACCUCAGCAUCAUCUGGGCCUAUGUCUUCAUUGUGCUGAACUCCCUCCAGGGCCUGUAUAUAUUCCUGGUCUAUGCAAUCUAUAACAGUGAGGUGAGGAAUGCCAUCCAGAGAAUGAAGGACAAGAAGAAAGCGCUCUCGUUCACAAAUUGCUCUCAUCCCAUCAACUACUUAUCGAGUCCAAGAAACACAACCUCCUGGGAGACGGGGAAGCUGAGUCCCUCUGCAGCUGAAAGUGCCCUGUCAAGUCCUGUGCAGAAGGAGCCCCCAGUGAAGAACAUCACCAAUAAAGGAAACUUUGGAGCCAAAAUUCCAAUGGGGAUUUCGUCAAUUAUGUCACCAGAGAGACCGGCUGUAGAGCUGACAGCGUUCAAAUCCUCAGGUUUCUGAGAGGAAGUUUCUGAGUGUCUUAUCCACAACACCAUGGCUCUUCAAACAGCCGGGAGGACAGCAGGUUGGAGCAAUUGACUUCUACAUGGAGGGUUGCCCCAUCCAAGGCAGAGCUGUUAACCUUGUGCUUCUUCCUACCAGCAUUCAUGGACUAAACUAAGGCAAGGCAGGGUAGCGUGGGGUCUCACAGGGCCGCUGGACCUUAUCUUCUAAUGAAAACUCCUCCCCGGGGGCAGACAAGCCAUGCAAACGCUCACCACGAGCAUGGCUGGCUGUGGGGGACGGGAUGGGACAGGUGCCUUUGGUCCCUGUGGCUCUAGCUGCAGUGCUGCUUGCAGGGGCCGGUGCUCCGCCAGGACGGCCAGCCAGGCGCGGUGGAGCUGUGCUGCCAGAGCCCCAAGGUCCCCCUGGCAGCAGUGUUGUGUUUCGUUGCUAUUGUUGCCGGUAGUUUGUUUAGCUUGAAGGACAUGGUGGUAUGGGCAAAAGUGCAGUCUUGCCCGUAGCAACAGUGUCCAAGUGCUGCCUGCGUGGUGCACCCGUGUGCCUGUGCAGGAUAAGUACCCUUGCUUUUCCAGCCUCCACCACCGUGCAGGGGCAGGGUAGGACAUGGUGCGGAUAGGAGGCACACACAUCAAGGAAGGCAUUGGCUGGCUUUGAUUCUUUUCCAAACCAGCUGAUUUUAAUAGCAUCUUUUGCUGUAUUUUUGAUGAAACUCUUAGCCAAGCUCCUGCCUGGGCUUCCUAACUGCUUGGUCCAGCUCUCCUCUACAGCUAGGGUUGUUUUCUCUUGUGCUCUGUUCAUAUCAUACUGUUUCGCCUGUUACUCUCCUAGUGUUUAGAGCAUAUAAAAUG